AUAAUAUGUAAUAACAAUUGCUUUCCAUAACAACUACUUCAUUUGUUUAACGUACAGAGUUAUGAUUUCUAACAAACAUUUUAUCUCUAAUAGAUUCUAAUUUUUAUGUGUAUUUCAUUCCAUAAAUGUGUGACAUAUAAAAAACAAUGCUGUGCAUUUAAAUUGAUUCAGCAUUAGUAAAUCAACUUAAUACUUUUACUUAAUAUUUAAUAACAAUUCAUGCUGUCAUUAAAGUAAUAUUUAAUCAUGUCUAUGCUCGAAGAAGGACACGUCGACGAAGAGAGUAUUUCACGCUUGUCUACUCAAGAAUACGAUCCUGUACCUCCACAAUUAAAAAAAGUAAAUGAAUUAUUAAAAUCCAUAAGUACGCAGUUGGAAGACUGCGCUUUAGAAUGUCAAGCCAAAGUUUCGCAUCAACAAUGGAAAAUAUUUAGCUCAAAAACUGUCAUACACGAACCUUGGGAAGAAUCCAUAUUAGCUAGAACAUUUUUUUCUGAAAAAAUCUUGGAUGAAACCUUUCAAAACUUACUUUCAUGCAAUAAAUCUUUCUUGGAGCAACUUAACGAUUUUAUUGUGCUCCUACAAAAUAAGCAAUCUAAUCUAUCAAUCUCGGAAAAACAAGAUGUACCAAGGUACUGCCCAGAUAUAACUGCGAGUCAAAUAUCAAUGUGCAAGCCAAUCGCAGAAACGCUCGAUCUCUCGUUGCUAAACUAUACGAACUCAAAUGUUUUAAGAAAAGAAGGAAACCACUUUCAUACUCAUUUGCUUGGAAUUAAUAAUUCGUUUGCUGAUGUUAUCAAGGCUAAAAUCAAUUUUGAUACUAAGUUUUUAGGAUUUGAAGCAGUAUUACAUAAAACAUCAACUACAUCACCAAGUGAUAUUUCUUGUCUUUGCAAAAUUUGUUCAAAUGGUAGUGUCAGACAGAAGAGGAAAAUAGGAAAAAUGAUUUCGGAUAAGAAACAAAAGAAGAUAAACGAUCGGAUAAGAAAACAAACGAAAAUAUCAAAGCGGAAACGAAGUACUAGACCUAAAAGAAAUCUUAUUCCAAGACAAGGAAAAAACCAGUCUGCAUCUCUUGGCGAUGGUGAUCGAUCGAAUGCAAUAUGUAAAAGGAAGAAAGAAAUGAUGUCGCUAUGAUUUUUAUUUACAUAUAUACAUUAUUUGAUAUGAUGUAUGGAAUAAUAUGAAAUAAAAAAGAAACUUUACAAGA